UUCGGGGAGGGUGCGCGCGCGUUCAGCGGCCUCUUUGUGUGGUGCCCAGAUAGGGGAGCGGAGGUGGCGGCGGCUGUAGCGCUAGCGGCGGCCUUGGCUGUCUUCAGUCUCCUCGGCUCGCCUCUAGCCAGCACCUUUCCCCUUCCCUCCCCUUCCUUUUUUCCUUCCUUCCCUCCCCUUCCCUUUUUCCCUUCCCCGUCGUGACCGGCGGUGGCGGCUCCAGCAACGGCUGGGCCCAAGCUGUGAAGAGGCCUUAGAUAACCAUAACGGCGACGGCGAAACCUCGGAGCUCGCAGGGCGGGGGCAAGGCCCGUCCUGUGGAGAUGGAGAAUUCCCAGUUGUGUAAGCUAUUCAUUGGAGGCCUCAAUGUGCAGACAAGUGAGUCGGGCCUGCGCGGCCACUUUGAGGCCUUUGGGACUCUGACGGACUGCGUGGUGGUGGUGAACCCCCAGACCAAGCGCUCCCGUUGCUUCGGCUUCGUGACCUACUCCAAUGUGGAGGAAGCCGAUGCCGCCAUGGCCGCCUCGCCCCAUGCCGUGGACGGCAACACGGUGGAGCUGAAGCGGGCGGUGUCCCGGGAGGAUUCGGCGCGGCCCGGUGCCCACGCCAAGGUUAAGAAGCUCUUUGUCGGAGGCCUUAAGGGAGACGUGGCCGAGGGCGACCUGAUCGAGCACUUCUCGCAGUUUGGCACCGUGGAGAAGGCGGAGAUUAUUGCCGACAAGCAGUCGGGCAAGAAGCGUGGUUUCGGCUUCGUGUAUUUUCAGAAUCACGACGCGGCAGACAAGGCCGCGGUGGUCAAGUUCCAUCCAAUCCAGGGCCAUCGCGUGGAGGUGAAAAAGGCCGUCCCCAAGGAAGACAUCCACUCCGGUGGGGGUGGAGGCGGCUCCCGGUCCUCCCGGGGCGGCCACCAGUCCUCCUAUGGGCCCAUGAAGAGUGGUGGCGGCGGCGGUGGAGGCGGCAGCUGGGGCGGUCGCAGUAACAGUGGACCUUACAGAGGCGGCUAUGGCGGUGGGGGUGGCUAUGGAGGCAGCUCCUUCUAAAAAAUUAAAAUGCCUGGGAGUGGCUAUAGGGGUAGCUCUUUUAAACAACCCAAGUGGGGUCAACUCCUAAGUCCCUUCCCCCCAACCGCCUUUCCUAUUUUGCCCUUGGGGGAGCCACUUCUAAGGCUACUUACCCUUGGGGUUGUUCCCCUAUUUGCCUGCCACCUCUCUUGUCUCCCUUUGAAGUUGGACUCGGCCCCACAUACACAUUUUUAUGUUACAGUCAUUGAUGGACUCUAUUUUUUUAUUAUUACUUGGACCUUGGUCGUUUUUAUACUAGCAAAAUGUCUUGUUUUAAUUUGUGUUUUUUGGGGGAGGGAGUGAAACUUGCUGAUUCUGUAGCAAAACCUGGGCGGGGGAGGGAGCUGGGGGGGGUAGUUUACUUUGUUGUAAGGACUUGAUACCUGGCUACAGCGUUUUCUAUGAAAUCUACUUGGAUCCCAUGCCUGAAAUUUGGAAGCAUAUGUACAAAAAUCAUUUUUACGUUUUAUUUUUAAUAAAUCAUUGUGUUUGACCGUAUAUGUCUAACAUUUUUUUUUCCUAGGAUCCAUUCUAAACCGUUUUAAGGGAUAUUAGUUUAAGAUUUUUCGUGUUAAUUACUUUUUGAUGUGUACUUAGAGAACCUUUUAAGAGGUCUCAUGGGUUUUAUUUUCCCCUGCUGUCCUGCUAGUGACAUGUUGAAUUUUAUCCCUUAACAGGCAAAACUUUGGAAGUGUUGGAUGUGGCUUUUAAAAAUCUUUUUUAAGUUUUUGUGCAUCCAUCUCUUGUACUAAGCGGUUUGCUUAUCAUCUUGACAUGGUUGGUCACUUCUUUCUAUGACAAUUCAAAGUAUGUACUGUGUAGUUCUAAAAUAGUUUGUGUUAAGCAUGUGUUUUCCUUCAUAGAAACUGUUUAAAAUUUUUCAUUGCCCUAAUUUCAUCCCUCUUGGUUUGUAAUGAAUGGUUACAAAUAAUGGGAUUAUAUCUUACCCUCAAACUAAAUGCAUUUUUGUAUUUUCAGAGCAGGUUUGAAUGUUUUUUUCCCCCCCUGUAUCUGAACUGUUGUUCUCAUGGAAAUCCUUCACCAACCUUUGUAGCACCAUCUACUGGCAGAAUGGCAAUAUAGCUGCAAAACAUUGUUAAAAAACUUAUUUAGGACAAUUGCAUCAGAUUUAGAAGUUUUGCUAUCAAAAAUCUGUGCAGACUGGAAGUUAACACAUUUACUUGUAACUGAGAUGGGCUUCAGAGGAAUGUAGUUAUCAGUCCAUAUCACAGUCGCCCUUUCUACUGAGAUUUGAAAUUGUAAAAUGCUAUGCAUAGCUUGGGCAAUAGCCCCAAAUUGCUAUGACGACUAAUGAGCCAGCUAUGUUUACUGGUAUUUUAGGUGCAAGUUGUAAAGCAAAAUAUCUGUGUAUUCUGCUUGGUUAACAAAUGUAUAUUUGUAGCCCUUUCAUGCAAUAGAAUUCAAGUUGUUGUUUAUAAAAAACAAAACAAAACAAAACUGAUAAUAGGAAAAAAUUGCCUUCCUGGAUAGAAAUAUAGAAUAGCAACGUUUAUGGAUAUCACAAAUAAAGAAUUGAAUUCUUUACA